CAAUAGUUCUGAGGCAAGAGAUCGAGGAUAUAAGGUGAGACUGAUUAUAGCUGUUUCUCAAUUUUUUGAUAAAAUUCAAAUUUUCUUCUGCUCUGUCCUUGGAAGGCUAGGGAAGUUAAUGAAGCGGAAUGUGGGAAAGUUUGGAAUACGAGGUCGGUUUUGGCAAAGUUAGGAGCCGAUAAUCGGCUCCUGGCAAACGAGAUGCCAGUUAGUGAUUACGGGCUGAUGUUUAUUGGGAAGGACGGGAAGCAAACGCGGCAAAAAAUUGCAGAGAUUUUAUGAACUUUAUAUGAAUUUUAAAGCUUUUUGAGUCCCUUUGAACUUUCUCCAUGUUGUUUACACUUCACCUCUUUGUAAUAUACUGACGAGUUUCUAACUUAUUGUACUUGUUUUGGUUUCCCUCCUUAGAUUUUUAAUACUCAAGAGCGCAGGACAGUUGUUAAGGUAUUUAUUCCCAGAAUGUAAAAUCGAAGAUUUUCAUGAUCACUUAAUGCUGCGACAGUGAUUAGACUUUCUGCGCGCGGAAUUCUGAACUGGAGAAAUUGGCACUCUCGAUCAUGAAUUGGUCGUUAUAUAUUGUUACAAACGCUUGCUCGAACGAUUAGUUCCUUCGAUUAUUUCGGUCGCGCCCUCUUACUAAUAAGAAGUAGCCAACAUUAGCAAAAAUCGUCCUAAUUUAAUCGAUAACUACAUUCCCUUAAUUGUGAGUGAUACCAUUUCAGUUGUUGAAGAAAAUAUGACCAAAAAACACUUCACCUACCCUUGCUCAAUCGUUGUUUUAAAAGGAAGUACAUAACAGUGCGUGUAAGUUCUUUCACCGAAUUGUCGUCGUUCAAAAAGCUUUCAAAACAUGGCAACUACUUGUCUAGAAAAUGACGUGUUAAAAAAUCCAGCUUCAUAACUUAAUUCUCGGAAACUGAGUACGAUUUAGUUUUCUCAGAAGAAGUCACGCUAGACUUAUUUUGGUCGUACUUUGACCCAGACCUUAUUAUUAGUAGAGGAUAAAUAUCAGCGUGUCCAUAUACAGCUGUGUCGAGAAAGGUUGUCGGAAAGAGUCCACGAGGCAAUCCCGAAAAGAAAUAUGAAAGAAUGGCAUAAGAGGCGAUACAGCUGGUCAUAGACGUGUGUUUGCGAGUACUAAAGGAAAGCAACAAAAGUGAGGUUCGAGAGCUACAAAGUCGGGCACAUUUUUUCCGACAACCGUUCUCGAAAUAGCUGUAUAAAUGAUAUUGUAGAGUUUCUAGGACUGUCAAUCAAACCUGACUCCAAAUCAGUUAUAAAAUAGGAUCGGGUAAAACUGAGUAAAGCUGUUCCCCUUUUUUAGAUAAAAGUCUCAACCGAAGCUUCUGGCAAGUUUUCUCCUUAUUUUUUUCCAAUACUCCCUGCUUACAACGGAGUUUGACUAAUCGUCGCGGGUCGCGGGUCGCGGGUCCAAAGUCGCGGUCGCGGGUCCAAAGUCGCGGUCGCGGGUCCAAAGUCGCGGUCGCGGGUCCAAAGUCGCGGUCGCGGGUCCAAUGUCGCGGUCGCGGGUCCAAAGUCGCGGUCGCGGGUCCAAAGUCGCGGUCGCGGGUCCAAUGUCGCGGCAGGGGAAAAUGAUUUGGGGUUCGAGGUGACAGCUGAGUGAAAGCGACUGAUAUGAACACAAUAUAAAGGGAAAAAAUCUUUUUUAUGCACAAUACUCUACGGUAGCCAAUUUACAGGUUACGGAUGUUAGAGUCAACAAAAUAAUGUCUCAAGGAAAGACCUAAAAGAAAAAGCUGGCCGACUUUUGUGUUCAGCGCAAGUUUAUUUUUUUUUCUUUCUGUCGGGCCCAGUUAUGUGUAAAUUCAGCUUUGAAUAUACUUAUGCAGAACAGUAUCUGAUAAAAAAAGUUACCAUAAGUUACCAUUGCUUUCUUGUUGUCGAUGAAUUGCUCACAAAUGUUUAAGGGUUCAAUUACUGAAAAAUAUGCGAUGCACUUCAAAGACUACAGGUUAUAAACGUUACAACAACUUAAAGCAUUUUUUUUAAAAAAAGCGAACUCGGGCUCAAAAAGCUACGAGUCUGUCGGUAGAAGAAACGAGAACUCUUACAUUUAACAAAUGUUUUCGACAAAACUGAAAGAAAAUGUAAAUAGGCGCAUGAAACUUCAUUCAAGCGGUAUUCAAGGCAUGAAUUUAAUAUGGAAACAACUAAUAAUCCACAGAAAGGAGUCCGUUCCUCGAAGCAAGAUUUUCGCUUAAUGCUUUUAUUUUUACAACUGAGACGGCAACCCAGAGAGUUCAAUAUAACUUCUUGUUCUCUUCACCUAAAUGGCAACCAGGACAACCUGACAAUAGGAAGCCAUUCAAUGUGCGUCUCAGUCAAAUCUUGAAAACAUGCAUCGUAAAUAUUUAAGUGAGUAAGUAGGUAAGGAAAUAAUAACGCCCGAUAUCAUGAAGCUGAAAAAGAAAGUAAACCAGACACUGAAAACGGUAAGUUAUCAACUCCACCAGAGUUAAGAAAAGACAAUAAAUUAGGUAAGUAAUUCCAGAUUCCAGGUACUGGAUUCAAGUCUUUGUCAGUAGAACCAAGAGACUAUGAUCUAUUCUCUCUUAGUAGAACUUGGAUUCCGGAUUUCAAUCGUUAUUGGGAACAAACUCCUUUCUGUGGACAAGAGAGGAUAAAGCUGGAGCUUUAUCCCCUCUUGCUGUGGAUUAGUACUUGUUUUUUAUUAAAGUCAUGCCUUGAAUACCCGCUUGAAUGUACUUUAGUGGCACUUCAAGCCCAACGUCUCUCCUCCUCUUUCCAGUUACUUGUGCAAAGAGUUUAUUUUGGGAGUUUGCGACUUUUACGCGGGUAAUCUUUUAGAGGACGGGUAGCUUGCAAACUAAACUGAACGCAGGGUUGUCGGAACAGCAACAAGAAGAUUUAUUCCAAAGAAGAACGUAGUUUCCACUGAGUAAAACUCCACAGCAGCACGUAACUCGUUAAACUUACGCGGCCUCCGCCACUGAAUAAAAACUGCCUUCGUCACACUUGACUAAACACGACCAACGUCAAACUCUCUUCUCUUGUGAAAACUAGUUAAAACUUAACUCGGGCUCGCCUACCUUAUAUACGUUUACAAUAAGAUUCUAGAGCUUUCCAAAUAGUCUAAUUAUAGAAAGAUUACAAAAUAUACCGCUUUUAGAAACGCUUACACAAGAUCCUAAAAUAAACAAAUUAUGAAUUCUCGCGAAGCUUCUAGAAAGUCACACUAGUCACGCAAUACAAUUUUUCGUAACAGCGACCAGGAAGUUUUUCAACAAGCGUUUUCUUUAUUUUUGCCGAAAACAUUUGUUAAAAUUGAAACAGUUCUCGUUUCUUCUACCGACAGACUCGUAGCUUUUCGAGCCCGAGUUUUAAAAAAGGUUUUAAGUUGUUGUAACGUUUAUAAUUUAUAGUCUAUGAAGUGUAUCGCACAUUUUUCAGUGAAUGCACCCCUAAGGAUUUGUGAGCAAUUCAUAGACAAGAAGAAAACAAUGGUUACUCAUGGUAACAUUUUUUAUCAGAUACUGUUAUACAUAAGUAUAUUCAAAGCUGAAUUUACACUUAACUGGGCCCGACAGAAAGAAAACAAAAUAAACUUGCGGUGAACACAAAAGUCGGCCAGCUUUUUCUUUUAGGUCUUUUCUUGAGACAUUAUAUUGUUGACUCUAACAUCCGUAACCUGUAAAUUGGCUACCGUAGAGUAUCGUGCACAAAACAGAUUUUUUCCCUUCAUAUUGUUUUCAUAUCAGUCGUUUUCAAAUCAUUUUCCCCUGCCGCGACAUUGGACCCGCGACCGCGACUUUGGACCCGCGACCGCGACAUUGGACCCGCGACCGCGACAUUGGACCCGCGACCGCGACCUUGGACCCGCGACCGCGACAUUGGACCCGCGACCGCGACAUUGGACCCGCGACCCGCGACCCGCGACCCGCGACUAUUAGUCAAACUCCUUACAACGGGAGCUCUUGCACGGGCCUCAGGGUUUCAACUGGAAAUUUUGGCAUCACACUUGAGUGUUCAGUUGCACUUUGUUAUAGCACAUGCAGCGUUUAACACUGGUAUUUUGAAUCAUGAUGCAGCCAAUUUCGUUUUCUUAUAGGCAAGUAGAUCCCUCGAUCAUCGAGCCGGUACGAUGAUGCAACAUAAGAUAAGUCUAAUGACUAUUUACAAGUAAUCCCCGAAAAAGAAUUGACAACGUAAAACAAACAAACAGUCAAACAACUUACUUUUCAGUUUUACGCGCCGGCUGUUGUUACGGUUCUUUCCCUUCUAUUUUUUCCUAGUAGAUGAUCUUCAAUUCUGCUCAGUACAACGUAACAACGUGUUCUUUUUACUCGUGUUUCUAGCCAACUUCACCCUGCUUCACCACAAACUAAUUGUCGGAUUCCUAAGAAUCGUUCAAGAUUGCUCAUGAUAUCGGUUUUGUUGACAAACGUCUCGCAAUCUAGAUAUUGAAUGUUGUUUAAAAGACAAAUUUAAAAGCUUGGCGAAGAAACUCGCGACGAAAUAAACAACUUCAGUUACAAUAAAACACCAGCUGACAAAACAUAACUUUUGUUUGUGUUGUUUAUUAGAUGGCAUCUUCUAUUUGUGACCAACUGAUCAGGAAAGUAUGGAAAUCGUUCAUCGAUGAUCUUGGCGAUAUACCCGAAGCUGAGGGUAUUUAUACCAUAGGCUUCAGUCAGACUAAUGAGGAGGUUGCCUACCUUUACGUGGGAUAUUCAAAAGACAUGCAUAGGAGGGUACCCGAGCAUAAAUGGCAAAGUUUGGAUAUAGAUAAGUUUAUAAAGAAGCAGAUCAAGCAAAAUGGUGGCAAAGACCUCACAGUGAAAUGGGUGAAAGACCGGGACGGAAAAUGUAAAGAAGCGAAGUACAUCGAAUGCAUGACGAAGAAGCUAGGAUAUAAACCGUGGUACAACAAGAAAGGUGGUAACAACUGUCAUUAA